AUGUCGUCUGUUGAUGGCUGCUACAAUGCAGUAAGGCAAUCUCUGCCAGCAACAUCCCCUGGAACAAGGGCGUGGAAAAGCGAUGAAAAUACUUUGUUUUCUCCCCUCGCCUUGUAUUUUCGAGGAGAUGAAUUUCCCACGGAGAAGAAGGGGGAGAAAACCAUGAUUGGAGAGAAUGGUUGGCUUGAGUGUACAGACCAGAGCGACCCAAACAAGAACAAACAAACGCCUCAGAAGAAGACGGGCAUCUUGGAUGGCAUCCGAAAGAUUGCGAAGGACAUGAGCCGGCGAACUCUCCCAGCUUCGAAGGUAUCGGUGGGCACACAUGCCGCGGUUUCACUGGAUCCCAGGGAGCAGAGCCUCUUGUACUGUGAGCUCGAGUUCAACCUCACGACAGCCCUCAAUAUGUACAUCAGCGAAGAGCUCGACAAGGGCCACCUUUCUCCGGACCACCUGAAAAGGGUGUCUGAUGAAUGGCACCAGAAAGGCCGUCACAAAGUGGUCGGCUUCAGGUACGACCUCGAGACACAGCUGGAGCUCGUCAGUCUUCACAUCAACGACUUUAGCUUCUACGGCCGCCGGCAGGGGAAUACCACUAAGAUUGCGCUCCUGCUGAACGAAAUGAAGACGAAUGCGCGCAACAUGCGUGUCCGGACAUUCUGCCAGCCAGACACUACCGUCGCAAAGCAUCUCGUUGACUCGCAGUCGCUCUUUAACCUGAUCAACGCCUCGGCCAGUCAGCAGAUUGCACUAGCGGAAAUAGCCCGUUUCUUCAAGUUGCUCAUAAAGUCCUGA